AGUGUCAGAGCUGGGACAAAAACAGUCGUCCUCCGCCUUCCCGGGCAGCAUGAAACAUACUCUGCUGACUGGAAACAAGCUUUAAAUGUGACUAUUGAAGACGGACUAAGUCCAUAGAGCUAAAACAGCGGGGCUCGUCUCGGCGCUCAAGUGCAUCUCCCUCGUUUUCCUCUUCUGCUGCUGGAGUGAGCUAGCUUAGCCUGUUAGCUUGGCGGGGCACCCCCUCAUCUUGUCCGUGUGUGCAGGACUUUACCACCAGGAGCGAAGAGAUUCACCCGGAGCUGCACCAGAACUGACCUGGACUUUACUUAACAAACGCAGCUGCACGCGUUGGCGCCAACCUCGGCUUUUGCAGGCAAAGAUUGACCCAAAAAGCAACAAAAAUCACUCCGCUAAACAAGGAAGUCUGAAUGAACUUUGCUGCUAGCAUCCUGCUAACCCCGUAGCUGCAUUGAUUCAUAGUGCUGCUCAUAGGGGGAGGGGGUUCUGCAGCCUCCUUGCGGGUCCUCCGGUGCUGAUAUCGAUUAUCUGUGAGAGCAUCUGUCCGUGUAAUAGACGGAAUCCGUCCGGUAGUGAAGUGUGCUCCGACACAAAACGUUUCAGAGAUGAUUCCAGACAAACCCCCGAAGGAAGACGUCUUCCACGGGUCUGAGGACCUGAAGAAGCAGGCUCACAUCCCCAGCUUUGAGAAAUACAAAGAGCUCUACGUGAAAUCUAUAGAGAAUCCAGAUGAGUUCUGGGGAGACAUCGCCAAAGAUUUCUUCUGGAAGACCAAGCACACGGGUCAGUUCCUCGACUACAACUUUGAUGUGACCAAAGGAGAAAUCUUCGUCAAGUUCAUGGAAGGUGCCUCCACCAACAUCAGCUACAACCUCCUCGACCGCAACGUCCAUGAGAAGAAACUCGGCGAUAAAGUGGCCUUCUACUGGGAAGGCAAUGAACCUGGUGAUGAGCUGACGGUGACCUACAGAGAGCUGCUGCAGAGGGUCUGUCAGUUUGCCAACGUCCUGAAGUCUCAGGGCGUGAAUAAGGGCGACCGUGUGUCCAUUUACAUGCCCAUGGUGGUCGAACUGGUGGUAGCCAUGUUGGCCUGCAUCCGCAUCGGAGCUGUUCACUCCAUAGUGUUUGCAGGUUUUUCUUCUGAGUCUCUGUGUGAGAGGAUCAUGGACUCCCAGUGUUCACUGAUCGUCACAGCUGACGGUUUCUAUCGAGGAGAUAAGCUGAUCAACCUGAAGCUCUUAGCUGACGAAGCACUGCAGAAAUGCAGGGACAAGGGCUUCCCGGUCGAGAAGUGUAUAAUGCUGAAGCACUUGUCCAAAGGAGCAGAAGAGACUUCUCUGGGCUCUCAGUCUCCUCCAGCCAAACGACCAUGUCCCGAUCUGCAGCAGGAGAAACAGACAGGGAGAGUAAAGAAAACACGCCCUGUUCCGCAGGUCCCGUGGAACCCCAAGGUGGACUUGUGUUGGCACAGUCUGGUGCGAGAAGCUUCAGACGAGUGUGAGCCAGAGUGGUGCGAGUCUGAGGAUCCGAUCUUCAUCCUCUACACGAGCGGCUCGACCGGCAAACCGAAGGGAGUUCUUCACACGGUUAGCGGCUACAUGCUCUACACUGCCACCACCUUCAAACUGGUGUUUGACCACCAGCCCGAUGACAUCUACUGGUGCACGGCAGACAUCGGCUGGAUCACCGGACACUCCUACAUCACUUAUGGCCCCCUGGCUAACGGGGCCACCAGUGUUCUGUUUGAGGGUCUGCCUACCUACCCAGACGUGAGCCGCAUGUGGGAGAUUGUGGACAAAUAUCAUGUGACCAAGUUCUACACGGCUCCGACCGCCAUCAGACUGCUGAUGAAGUACGGCAGCGAGCCAGUGCAGAAGUACAAGCGAGAGUCUCUGAAGGUUUUGGGGACGGUGGGGGAGCCCAUCAACCCCGAGGCCUGGCAGUGGUACUACACCGUGGUGGGAGAGAGGAGGUGUCCCAUUGUCGACACCUUCUGGCAGACAGAGACUGGUGGACAUGUGUUAACUCCUCUACCUGCAGCCACGCCCAUGAAACCUGGAUCUGCUACGUUCCCGUUCUUUGGAGUGGUGCCGGCCAUCCUCAACGAGUCCGGAGAGGAGCUGGAGGGGCCGAGUGAAGGAUACCUGGUGUUUAAACAGCCGUGGCCCGGUGUGAUGAGAACCGUGUACGGAAACCACCAGAGGUUCGAAACCACCUACUUCAAGAAGUUCCCUGGAUACUACGUCACAGGAGACGGUUGCCGCAGAGACAAGGACGGCUACUACUGGAUCACAGGGAGGAUAGACGACAUGCUGAAUGUCUCGGGUCACUUGCUGAGUACAGCGGAGGUGGAGUCGGCUCUGGCUGAGCAUGAGGCUGUCGCCGAGGCUGCUGUGGUGGGAAGACCACAUCCCGUCAAAGGAGAAAGCCUCUACUGCUUCGUAACCCUCACCGAUGGAGUGACGUACAACCGCACGCUGGAGGCCGAGCUCAAAAAACAAGUAAGGGAGAAGAUCGGGGCCAUCGCUACACCGGACUUCAUCCAGAACGCUCCAGGACUCCCCAAAACCCGAUCCGGUAAGAUCAUGCGACGGGUGCUCCGCAAAAUCGCCUGUGACGAACGGGACCUGGGCGACAUCUCCACGCUGGCCGACUCCACGGUCGUGGAGCAGCUCUUCCACAACAGAUGCUGCACAAGUGUGUGACGGCCUCCAGGAUCCCCGCAGGGAGGCUCCGGCCGCAGCCGCACACCGGCGGCCACAAACCCGACCAGGGAAGAAGAAGAAGAAGAAGAAGAGGAGGAGGAGAAAUUCCACAAACUUGGUCUUGUCCAGCAAACAACCUCUAGCCUCCCGAUGAGGAUCUGAAUCCUGUAUUUAAAGUGACGUCACUGCUUUUAUACUGAAAGAAAAAUCUGCAGCAGGAAGCGACACAACAAUCUGUCUGGUUAGUUUUACAUCUCUGGGUCAAUAAGGACAUCAGUCUGCAGGAAUAAAUGUUCUCCAGAAGUCGACAUAGUUGCUGCUGUUAAUAAAACAAUGCCUGUGUGUGUGUGUGUGUGUGUGUGUGUGUG